CUGAAAAAUAAGAAUAAAAAAUAAAGCAAAAUGGGAUCAUGCUGUCUUAUAAUUUGCUUUCUUCACUGAAAAGUAUCCUUUGAUCACAUGAUAUGUAUCUGAGAAAAAUAGUGUCUGGUUACCAAGGCAGAGUGCCACUUGGAUUGUCAGGGCUCCUGUGUGGGCACAGUAGGGCAGGUGAAGUCAGAGACCUAGAUGACUCAUCCAUUGUGUGGCACGAGACCGUACAGAGCCAAGAGUGCUGCUGGGCAUUAGGGUAGAACCAGCUUUGGAGCUGUUUUGUAAUUCUCUCUUUUCCAGCAAGAAAACUUUUUAAGCUUCUUAUAUCUCUGAUCCAUACAUUCUUCCCCCAGUGGGUCAUUUUGUAAGCUAAAAUUUAAACACUAGAUUCAAGCAGUUCUGAUUUUUUUCAAGCCUUGUUGCUACUUGAUGAAGUGGCUCUCAGAGUAUAUUCAGAAGAGUAAUACGGUGAGAGACUUAAUUCCCAAAAUAGCUGCUAAUCCUGUUUAAUUCCUAGGUUAUUUGUCCUUUCUUUCUUAGUUGAAAGACCGGUGAGUCACAGACUACAGGAGUGGAGAAUAAGAAGAACACUGAAAAUCUCUCCCAGAGCUUUAGAAGAGGGACCCUGACUGUGUUAAAGAAGAAGUGGGAGAACCCAGGGCUGGGAGCAGAGUCUCAGACAGACUCUCUGCGGAACAGCAGCACUGAGAUUAGGCACAGAGCGGACCAUCCUCCUGCUGAAGUGACAAGCCACGCUGCUUCUGGAGCCGAAGCUGACCAAGAGGAACAAAUCCAACCCAGGUCUAGAUUCAGGUCACCUCCUGAAGCCCUCGUUCAGUAUCGAUAUCCCCGUAUCAAGGACAGUGAGGAUCUUAAAGACCACUCAACAAAAAGUAAAAAAAUGGAAAAUUGUCUAGGAGAAUCCAGGCAUGAAGUAGAAAAAUCAGAAAUCAAUGAAAACACAGAAGCUUCAGGCAAAAUAGAGAAAUACAACGUUCCACUGAACAGGCUUAAGAUGAUGUUUGAGAAAGGUGAACCAACUCAAACCAAGAUUCUCCGAGCCCAAAGCCGAAGUACAAAUGGAAGAAAGAUCUCUGAAAACAGCUAUUCUCUGGAUGACCUGGAAAUAGGUCCAGGUCAGUUGUCAUCUUCUACAUUCAACUCGGAGAAAAAUGAGAGUAGGCGAAAUCUGGAACUUCCACGCCUCUCAGAAACCUCUAUAAAGGAUCGAAUGGCCAAGUACCAGGCAGCUGUAUCCAAACAAAGCAGCUCAACCAACUAUACAAAUGAGUUAAAAGCCAGUGGUGGCGAAAUCAAAAUUCAUAAAACGGAGCAAAAGGAGAAUGUGCCCCCAAGUCCUGAGGUCUGCAUCACCCAACAGGAAGGAGAAAAGAUUUCUGCAGCUGAGAAUAGCCUGGCCGUCCGUUCCACCCCUGCUGAAGAUGACUCCCCAGGUAACUUCCAGGUUAAGAGUGAGGUUCAACAGCCUGUCCAUCCCAAGCCACUAAGUCCAGAUGCCAGAGCCUCCAGUCUUUCUGAAAGUUCUCCUCCCAAAGCAGUGAAGAAGUUUCAGGCACCUGCAAAAGAGACCUGUGUGGAAUGUCAGAAGACAGUCUAUCCAAUGGAACGUCUCUUGGCCAACCAGCAGGUGUUUCACAUCAGCUGCUUCCGUUGCUCCUAUUGCAACAACAAACUCAGUCUAGGAACAUAUGCAUCUUUACAUGGAAGAAUCUAUUGUAAGCCUCACUUCAAUCAACUCUUUAAAUCUAAAGGCAACUAUGAUGAAGGCUUUGGGCACAAACCACACAAGGAUCUGUGGGCAAGCAAAAAUGAAAACGAAGAGAUGUUGGAGAGACCAGCCCAGCUUGCAAAUGCAAGGGAGACUGCUCACAGCCCAGGAGUAGAAGAUGCCCCUAUUGCUAAGGUGGGUGUCCUGGCUGCAAGUAUGGAAGCCAAGGCCUCCUCUCCGCAGGAGAAGGAAGACAAGCCUGCUGAAACCAAGAAGCUGAGGAUUGCCUGGCCACCCCCAACUGAACUUGGAAGUUCAGGAAGUGCCUUGGAGGAAGAGAUCAAAGUGUCAAAGCCCAAAUGGCCUCCUGAGGAUGAAAUCAGCAAGCCUGAAGUUCCUGAGGAUGUUGAUCCGGAUCUGAAGAAACUACGACGAUCUUCUUCACUGAAGGAAAGAAGCCGCCCAUUCACUGUAGCAGCUUCAUUUCAAAGCACCUCUGUCAAGAGCCCAAAACCUUUGCCUUCACCUAUCAGGAAAGGCUGGAGCAUGUCAGAGCAGAGUGAAGAGUUUGCAGGCGGAAUAGAUGCUGAAAAGAAACAAGUGGAAAAUGCCAAGGCUUCCAAGAAGAAUGGGAGUGUGGGAAAAACAAGUUGGCAAAACAAGGAAUCUAAAGGAGAAGAGAUAGUGAAGAGAAGCAAGGAAGGUCAUAGUUUGGAGAUGGAGAAUGAGAAUCUUGUGGAAAAUGGUGCCAACUUCGAUGAGGAUGAUAACAGCUUCCUCAAACAACAAUCUCCACUAGAACCCAAGUCUCCAAAUUGGUCCAGUUUUGUAGACAACACCUCUGCUAAAGAAUUCACUACUCAGAAUCAGAAAUCCCAGGAUAUGGGAUUCUGGGAGGGAGAAGUGGUCAAAGAGCUCUCUGUGGAGGAACAGAUAAAGAGAAAUAGGUAUUACGAUGAGGAUGAGGAUGAAGAGUGAAAUUGCAAUGGUGCUGGGCCUUAAAUUCAUGUUAGUGUUAGCGAGCCACUGCCCUUUGUCAAAGUGUGAUGCACAUCAGCAGGUAUCCCAGCAGGAAAUGUAAUUUACUUGGAAGCAACUUUGGAAAAGAAUUCCUUCUAAAAAACAAACAAAAAAAACCCACCCCUACUGCAGGUUAAGUGAACCACUUCUAAAUGCUAGAGAUAACUUUACUUAAAUUCUUCAUUUUAGCAGUGAUGAUAUGCAUAAGCGCUGUAAGGCUUAUAACUGGGGAAAUAGUCCACAUGAUAAUAGCCCAGAUUCUACUGUAUUCCCAAAGGUCAAUAUUAAAGUAGAUAGAUGAUUAGUAGUAUAUUGUUAAACACUAUUUUGGAAUUAGAGAACAUACAGAAGGAAUUUAGGGGCCUAAACAUUACGACUCAAUGCACUUUAGUAUAAAGGGCACAGUUUGUAUAUUUUUAAAUGAAUACCAAUUUAAUUUUUUAGUAUUUACCUGUUAACAGAUUAAGUAUUUAGUCUUUAAACUUUUUUAGAUGAAUUUUCUUGCUAUGACAUAUAUGAGGAAUUCCUGAUCUCUAAACGACACCCUCAACUCUGCAUCCUGAGGUAUAACACAGCCAUCUUUUCAGAGCACUUUUUGAGGCAACUGAAAAAAACAACCUCCAUUCUUUGGUGCUUGGAGAGAUCUACCAUCUCCCAAAUAAGCUUUUGUAUCUGCCAAUGAAUUUACCGUACUCCGAAUGAUUGCUUUCUUUACUGGUGAUAUCUGUGCUUCUCAUAAUUUACUGAAAGCUGCAAUAUUUUAGCAAUACCUUUGGGAUCACUAUCCCCCAUGUUCCAUGUUAGAGCAAACCGAAGAGUUUAAAGGAGGACUGCCUUACAUCGCUUGAGCUCAGACCUCUGAACCCUGCAUUUCACUCCUGAUGUCCCCUUUUUGAGUCACUAAUUUUUAAAUACUUAUUAGCUCUGAAAUGUAUUGAUUUUGAUCGCAGACAGUAUUCCCAGGGUGAAAUUAAACCAACUAUAGGCCUUUUUCUUGGGAUGAUUUUCUAGUCUUAAGGUUUGGGGACAUUAUAAACUUGAGUACAUUUGUUGUACAUAAUUGAUAUUCCAAAUUGUAUGUAUGGAAGGGAGAGGUGUUUGAAGCUGUAGGCUUUUCUUUCUACUGCAUUUAUAGAGAUUUAGCUUUAAUAUUUUUAGAGAUGUAAAACAUUCUGCUUUCUUAGUCUGGCUUAGUCUGAAACAUUUUUAUUCAAUAAAGCUUUUAAUUAAAAUUUGAA